GAGUAGCCAAGAUCGAAGGAACCUGAUAAGACCAAUUGACACAUUGGACAUUAUCCACAAAAUGAAGGUGACUAGUCCACAAUUACCAACAAUAAGAGACCAGCUUCCAGGACGACGAUCACUAUCGUUUUAUUACUACUGCAGCUUAUUUUUAUUCUUGUCAAUCGCGAGUGCUCCGAAAACGAUUGUUGUUGUCGACGCAUCACCGAUAGUUAAACAUCAAGAAAGAAAUAGCAACAACAAUCAAAGUCCGUAUCGGUUCGAGCCCUCCUAUGGAGACCAAUCCUGGAUUUUUGAAACGAUAAAUCUUCCCGGCGCAUGGAAAUUGGGCUACACUGGGAGAGGGGUAAAGAUUCGAAUCAACGACGAGGAUUGGGAAUCUGGUCACAAGGAAUGGAAACCAAAACGACUCAUCAAGGACAACAAAAACGCCCUCGAUGACUAUUCGUGCGGUGCCACAAACAACACCCUGGCCGAAGGCAAGUUUCGGGACAGCGACAACAAGAACAAGUUUCUGAACCACGGCGCUGCGGUCACAUCAAUUCUUGCCGCCGAUGGGUCCAACGAUUUUUGCGGGGUUGGAAUUGCCCCCGAGACGGAGUUGUCAUUUUGCUACUUUCGAAAAGACACMGAUGCUAGCGUAUUAAAAUACGAUGCGGUCGACAACAUGAAUUUUUUUUAUAUUUCCGUCAACGCCUUUGCCCAAGAAGGGUGCAAACCGAGAACCUCGAUGUUUGGGGAAGCAGUGAACGAACAAACCAUUGCCACGGGCAAUGGUGAUAGAAAUCGGCAGCGGAGAAGAACAAAAAAUCGGCAUGGGCGGCAGCAUCGGCAGCAACAAGAUCAGAGCGAUCGCAUUUUGAACGAGCAAGAGAUAGGAGGGUGCCCGUUUGUCAAUUUUUACUACGACGAAUACAACCCGGGCGACGACCCUUGCAAGGUGUGCACAACAUCCGAUUUCAAAAGUGUUAGAGACAGCAACAACGAGAACGCAAGAAACAACUUUGGCAGCCUCCAGGACCAGUCCGUAAAUCUUGAGGAGAGUAGGAGCGGCAGUUUCACGGGGGCAGGUGUCUCAAACGUAUGUGCUGAAAGUGUAAGAACCUAUUGCUUGCGGAAUUUUCGCAAGGACGAAUCUCUUUGCACCGAUUGGAUUGAUGUGCUUAAUGGAAACAAGCCUUGCGACUUUCAGACCAGCGUGGGGCAUUCGGUGGCCAAGGCCCUAGAGAAAGGGGUGAAAGACGGACGGUUUGGGAGGGGAAUCAUUUAUAUAUUCGCGGCCGGUAAUUCCUAUGGUUAUGGUGACAACAGCAAUUUUCAAUCCUAUGCCAAGAGCCGAUAUGCCAUGACGGUGGGUGCGGUCAAAGUGACCGAAGUUCAGGGCGACUCGACCGAUGGCGAGACCAACACCAUUCUCAAACCAAGCCAUGCGAGCUAUUCUACAGGAGGAUCCUCCAUUUUUGUCGUGGCCCCGGGUGGAGAUUACGACACACCGAAAUACCAGCACAUUGGUGCGGGAGGAACUGAGGGAAAUGGAGAUAGCUGUGUUACCAUUGGUACCGGAACAUCCUUUGCAGCCCCCGUGGUUGGCGGAGUCGUCGCAUUGAUGCUAGAAGCGAAUCCCGGUUUGACGUGGAGAGACGUCCGGUACAUUAUUGCAAAAACGUCCAAUCCCAUCGACAACGAUGACAGCAAUGACUACACCUUUGGAUUAAACUCAGCAGGCGUUGGAUAUUCAGACCUGUACGGAUUUGGGCUGAUCGAUGCGGCAGAAGCCGUCGCCAUGGCAGAGGAUUGGAAAAUCAAAGAUGUACACGUUCCACCCGAAUUGGGAGUCACAGCAAGUUCUGGGCCUGUGAAUUUGCAAAUAGUAGACGAUCCGACGGCGACUGCGACGAGUACCAUCAUGGUCAACCCGAACUUGAACAGUCAAACAGAGGAUGAUGCUCUCGAGUCGGUCAGUGUUUACCUAAAGCUGCAUUAUCCAAACAUGUAAGUGAGAAUUCAUAUAGAGUACCUACACAAUCGAUUUCAAUCCAACCAUUGUGAGCAGGCCUAAAAAAUGUAUGACCUACGUUGUCACCACUGGCUUACAAAAAUUCUUGUUUCUCUAAUUGGUUCAUUGACCUGCAUUGUUUUUCUUAAAAUGACUUGCGAUUUCGUACUACUGCAACAAAUACAGAGGGCAACUUAGAAUCACACUGACGUCUCCUUUAGGGACCACCUCUUUGUUGAGUCCUGGCGGACGAUCACAUCACAAUCAAUUGGAAGAUGACGAAUGGCUGGAAUUUCUUACGUUACGGUCKUGGGGUGAAGUUCCUUAUGGCGAAUGGAAACUCUCUAUCACCGAUACAAAACCAGGGAACGGCGGGGUGACGUGCUUCAAUCGACCGAUUAAUGUAGCGCCCGAAUUCGCAAACUUAGAUCUUCCCUUGACAUGUAUGGAAUUCAAAUCAAGUGGAUUUUGUUCCAAUGGGUCGAUGAACGAUGACCUCGUCAACGAGCAGCAGGAACUCUAUCAAAAAUUACUGGACGAAGGAUCUGGUGACGGUGUCGUAUCAGCAAAGGAAUCUUGCUGUGAAUGUGGAGGUGGAAUCAAAUUUGGUGAUGAUGAGUUUUUCACCGGACAACUCAAAGAAUGGAAACUCAUCUUAGGGGACGGAACUCCCAUCACGGGCACCAAUAGGAUUGCAAACUACGAUCCCUUUCUACCAGAGGUCACAUCCUUUGAGUUUAUGCGAUGUCGGGGAGAGACUGUUUACGGGCACAAGUUAGACUGCUGCAACGGACUGGAAGAUAUUUGUGACCUUCGCGUCAAUGAAGUUCUCUUUGCCACACUUCACAAUGUUUUAAAUCGGUUUGACUCUGGAAACUAUGUUGUGUUAAACAAAGAAUUAGAAAUCGAAAGAGCUUUAGAGGCUGGAUAUCGUGCAUUUGAGCUAGAUGUUUGUAACUGUGCGGGGGAUUUCUAUUUCUGUUACGGUAAGUACUUGUCCGAUGAUGAAUGAGCCCCAUUGUGCUAAAGUUUCCAUUUAUAUUCAAACUUAUGAUGUUUUCUGAUCUAUCUGCUUCGAUUCUUUCUCGAAGGCAAUUGCAAUGAGGCACCGAGACGCGAUGUUGUCAACACGAUGGCACAUUUUAAGGAGUUUUUGGAUUUGAACCCAACGGAGGUAGUAGUAUUCUUCUUCCAGCUCCAAAGUAAUGUGGGUCGAGAAGUCAAUCUGAAUGAAUUUUACUUCGAUCU